CGCGGUGAUGGGGUAAUAAAAUUCAAUUUUUCUGUAUGUUUGGAAGUUUUUCAACUUCAACCCAAAAUGUUGGAUGGGGCAAAGGCUGGUUUUAUGUCAAACUUGGUCAAAUCCCUGCUGCGUAUUGUCUGGGAGACUGGAACGAAAGGCCCCAAUACUCAAAUAAAUGCAUUUUCCCAUCUGUGCACAGCGGAUGGUUACCAAUCUCCCAAUCUCGCAGCGUUGGUAAGAGAAGGGACACCGUCAGGUUUUCCCCCAACUCCCAUGGGCCUCAGAUCGAGAGCGGCCCCGAGGGGCGAGGAGAGAGCAACACACACCAGCAGCACGUCCCAAAUCGCUGGAGUUGGCUGGUGGGAAUCGCCUUUAAAGGGGCGAGGAGCAGCAGCCCCUCUGUUUACUCGCAACCAGGUGGCCGUCAGAUUGUGUGUGGCUUAGCCUGGAACCUCUUAAUGCGUGACUCUACCCCGACACGGUGUUUCAAGGACACGCCAGAAGCAGAGUGACUCCCUCGAUGCCCGCCAGUGCCCUAGAGGAAAUGCGAUCAUUACCAGCGAACCCUGAGGAAACCUUCUGUAAAAUGUGCGGGGUUAACGAGAAGCGGUGCAAGUCUUCAGUACUGCCUUAACCACUGAUGACAGCCAUCCAAAGCGCCGGGAACCAGAGGGACAGAACCCAAGACGACAGACGAAAAUUCUGCGGCUGAGCGCGAAACCCAAGAGGGCGGGGCCAUGGGCCGCCCCGCCCCGGGCUUUUUGUGACGUAAACAAUGCCUGCCACGCGUCGGAACUCAGCAGCUUUCGCAGCGCCGGGGCACAAGUGACACGCGUGAAGGAACGCCGUGGUCAUCUGAGGCCAACUUCAGGAACCAUGCAAUUCUUAUUAAGAUUAAUCGUUUUCUUUUAUGUAUCGGGCAUUUUUACUGCUCUGGGACAAAAGGAAGAGGAGAGCACAGCGGAAGUGAAAAUCGAAGUUUUGCAUCGUCCAGAAAACUGUUCUAAGACGAGCAAGAAGGGAGACCUGCUAAAUGCCCAUUACGACGGCUACUUGGCUAAAGAUGGUUCGAAAUUCUACUGCAGCCGGACACAAAAUGAAGGCCACCCCAAGUGGUUUGUUCUUGGUGUUGGACAAGUUAUAAAAGGCCUAGACAUUGCGAUGAUGGAUAUGUGCCCUGGAGAGAAGAGGAAAGUGAUUAUACCUCCUUCAUUUGCAUAUGGAAAGGAAGGCUAUGAAGGCAAGAUUCCACCUGAUGCAACAUUGAUUUUUGAGAUUGAACUUUAUGCUGUGACCAAAGGACCACGAAGCAUUGAAACAUUUAAACAGAUAGACACGGACAAUGACAGGCAACUCUCUAAAGCCGAGAUAAAUCACUACCUGAAAAGGGAAUUUGAAAAAGAUGACAAGCCACAUGACAAGUCCUAUCAGAAUGCAGUUUUAGAAGAUAUUUUUAAGAAGAAUGACCAUGAUGGCGAUGGCUUCAUUUCUUCCAAGGAAUACAAUGUGUAUCAACACGAUGAACUAUAGUAUAUUUUUAUUUCUAAAUUUUCUUAGCUACUUACUGUACUUUAUAUAUAAAACAAGGUCACUUUUCUAGAACUUGUAUUUUCUGUUUUCCUCCCACGAGAACAUAUUUUGAUCCCCUCAAUACAUGUAAUUUUGACAAAAUAAAUGUGUGUUAUUUUGCAAAUUUAACCUUCAGGAAAGCUAUAAUUGUGUUUCCUAUUGCUUUAUUCUGUGAACACAAAUUGCAGCACCACAAAAUAGACCUCCGUGUCCCAAUGGGCAGUUCUCCCCCAUCAGGAAAUAGGACACCUAGGUCAAAAUCUACAAGUUCUUCCCAGCUCUAACCUUAACGACAUGUAUAUUUAAAUAUCAAAUUUUUAACAUUUUAAUUGUAAAAAUGUCUCAUAUAUUGAAAAUAUUCAAUAGGACCCAAGAAUUAACAUUUCAUUUGUUUAUACAUUUCCCAGCAUUACAAGUAGAAGGAUAUAAAAUCACAGGACUAAACAAAUCUUCCUUUUGUAUGCACAUUGGAAAAUAUUCAUUGUACAGUUUCUGUCCCACAGAGCGCCUUAACACGGUCUCUACUUUUUGAUGCAAGCUCUGGCCUUUGGUCAUUAUUCUAAUGGGAAAUGUUUAAAGAUAAUUGAUCAGGGGCACCUGGGUGGCACAGCGGUUAAGCGUCUGCCUUCAGCUCAGGGCGUGAUUCCAGCGUUGUGGGAUUGAGCCCACAUCAGGCUCUUCCGCUAU